UAUAACCAAUAGUGACUAUAGUAGGGACAAAUUUCCUCGUGUUGUUUCCUUAGCGUUUCUUUUGUUUUCAGCUGUUAGUGACUAGUUGAUUCUGUUACGCUUCUACUUGCAGGCUAAACAGUUGUGCUUGUCAAUAGCACGCACAGCCAUUUUAGAACACAGACCUGUCUCUAUGGUUUCCAGAGCAAUAGAUGUUUUGGUUACCUCCUACUCCAACUCAAUUAAGACAGGGAGCUCUAUCAAGGCACCAAAACCUGAGAAGACAUCAUCUUCAGGUGUGCCAAAUGUCACUACUGCUGGACCCAGUGUCGAUGAUUCUGUCAGUAGAGAAGAUGCACUUGGAAAGUCCAUAAAACAUGAAUCUGCAUCUGGAUUGGACUAUGAUUUGCGUAAUAGAUCUUUAGAUUCCUCAAAUUCAGACUCUGGGGAUGGUUCGGGCUCUGAACCAAUAAGAACCAGUUCCAAUGGCCAUAAUGUUGAUGGUAAAGUGGAUAUGAAAAGGCUGAUGGGUGGUGAAACGUCCGGUGCUGCGUCGUCUUUGCAAUCUCAGAAUCCUGGACUUGGUAAUAACCCUUUGAAUGCUAAUGCUUCCGAGCAACAAGACUCUCAACUUACUUCACCAGCAAUUUCACCUGACGAGAUAUACAAUUAUAUCUUUGCUCCUGUCGAGGAAGAGAUGGUUGGCGAUCCUUCUUACUUGGUUGCAAUCAUUAUUGAGUUUCUCCGCAGUGCCAAUUUGGAAAAGGUUAAAGUUCAUCCCAAUCUCUCUGUCUUGACUGUACAACUAUUAGCACGUGGAGAGCUAUAUGCAGAGCUUGGAUUGUUCGUCAUAAACAAGAUUCUUGAACCUUCUAAAGAAGUUGCAUUGCAACUCCUAGAGUCUGGUCGUCAAAAUUCCCAGACGAGGAAACUGGGUCUGGACAUGCUAAGGCAGCUUUCGUUACAUCACGACUAUGUACAAUUGCUAGUUCAAGAUGGAUAUUACCUUGAAGCUUUACGGUAUGCAAGGAAGCAUAAGGUCAGUACGGUGCGACCAUCGCUGUUUCUUGAGGUGGCAUUAGCUUCCAACGACUCGCAAAAUCUAGCUGCAGUUCUAAGAUUCUUUUUGGAUUUUACACCGGGAUUCAGGACCACAUCGGAUUACAGUACAUACUGCCGCAUUCUCAAAGAGAUGAACUCUACAGUUUCUGCCUGACGUUUUUAUGAGGUAGCAACUAGCAAGUGAAAUAGUCAGUGAUGGGGAUUGAAAUGCACAUACUGGUAAAAGUUAACAGAAUUCCCUAGGAAAGGACAUGCCCAGAAACCAGAAAUUAACUAUUAUAAAAUGUGAAGAGAAUUAAUCGUCCGGAAUUGGGCAUUUUUUUUUUCCUUUAAGCCGAAAAAGGGGAGUUGCUUCAGUUGGUUAUGUAAUUAAGCUUGCUAUUGUGCACCAAAUAAAAUGAAAUACUGGCAUCUGUGUUGCUCUGGCCUCUAUUUUAUACAUCCCAAACCGGAUUCUCAA